AUGGCAACUUCUGGAAAAUCAUUUGGAAAACUCCUUGAUGACGAAACACCUGUUGACCAAGACCCACUUUCUGUGAUUCCCAUAUUCGACAUGAGCGAUGUCUUCGUAAUUGAUCGCCAAGCAAAAGCAAGCUUAUCGAAAGUAUAUGGACAUGUUAAAUAUAUGGUUAAACAGCUUCCUAAAGAAAUGUGCACCUUGUUAUCAAGAUUAUAUGACGACGUCGAUUUGAAGCUAAACGAUCAGCUCAGCGCACUUUCAGAAAAAUGCACAAUAGUUGUUGCAGGCAAAUCAAACCCAGGUAUGAACAGUUUUAUGAAAACUAUACUGGGAAGCGAUGUAAUUCCUAACCCGCAUGUACUUUCGCCAGGAACUACCUGUUGUGUGCAUUCAAUACUGUUGGACGUGGAGGAGUAUUUUGUGAUUCAAAUGGAGAAUGGACCGAGCGAGAGACAUUCUUAUCCUAAAGAUUCGGACACGUUUCAAGGCCUAUUGUGUGACAUAAUGCAGGGGAAAACAUCACAUCAAAUUGAUUUGUAUUGCAAUUUGCCAGCUUUUGGAAACGUAGAGAAUGUUACCAUACUGAGAAUUGAUGGAGAAGAAAACUUAUUACAAACGCAAAUGGUAGAAUGGAUCGGCGAUACGUUGAUCCUAAUUUAUGUAGUAGACAGUGCAAGUUUUGAUGAUGCCUACGACUGUAAAAUAAAAAAAGACCUAAAGGAGCGUGUUCACUCUGAAUGUACGGAGAUGGCGAUGAAGCUAACGCAGCAUUUGAAUCAAAAGUCGGAUACAACAAUGCCAACCGAUUUCUGUUUAACAACCGGUGACAAGGCAAUACUUGCUGUAACAGCUCCGCUUUGGGUACCGAUAAGCAUAGUGGCGGCAUUUGUUGCCCUAGGGGUGGAGGCACACGAUGACAAGAAAUUAAAAGACUUUGAGACAGACUGUUCGCCGUUUUUGGAUGCAUGGCUAAAGCAAUAUCUUAAAGAACUUUUAAAGAAGAAAUCAAUUGAAAAAUGUGUCCUUGACAAUUAUGAGUCUAUCUUAAUGAGGAGAAUAGAUCAAAUGAGUGCCCGUAUAGUUUCAGCGUCGAUGCAAGCGGAUAUGGUGUAUCUUGAAUCAAUUUUAAAUGAUACGCGUGAUUCAAGCGAGAUUGUUGGUGAAUUUACAAACAUAAAGACGAUCGUGCAAGGUCACAUAGUGUCCUUGAAAUUGUUUGGGCUUCAAUAUCUAGCCAAAGACGUCGCGAAUUGUGGUGACAUUACUCGUGUGAAAGAAAUUGGAACGGGAAAACACUCAGAAGUUUAUGCAGCCAAAUAUUUGGAGAAAGACGUGGCACUUAAAGUUAUUAAACUAUUCCCCGCUACGAUGUUUUCACGUUUGGCCGAAUUAGAACUAUUCAGGAGCUUGCACCACGCUAACAUUGUGAGUCUUUUGGGAGUAUGUUACACUGACAUGUUACCUGGCGCGGUUGGAAGCGGGAUGAGGGAACAGUUGAGCAGCUUCCGGUUACUUAUCCUGUUCGAUAAAUGCGACACGAACCUGGAAGAAUAUGUAUUUAACAAUUCCCCGUUUCAGUGUGGGUACGUAUUCUUGAUUAUUGUGCAUAGCAAUUAA